AUGGCACUCUUAGCUGAAGAAACAAAAAUCGACGAGCGCGACUACAAACUACUCGAGGAGCUUUGCACAGAGGUGCUCGAAACAGCCAAGGAAGAGGCAAAAGCGUUGGCGACUUCCAAACCAGCUCCGGAAGAAGCUGCGUUGUCAAGUCGUGCAAAUAGAACCUUUCUCAAGGAAAACCUUCUACGCCAUCACAUAGAGCAUGGGAAAGUUUUCUAUCUCGAAAAGGAAGGUUCUGGUGCAAUCCAAUUGGCACAUCCAAAGGCUUCUGGACUUGUGGCCAUUCAAUCGAGUAGCAAAAGUGCUGGCGAUGUCAAGAUGGACAAUCAGCAGUGUGUAUCGCUCUUGAUUGAACAAGGAACUUCUGUCGAUUCUCUGGAAGGCAAGAUGGAGGUGGCAAUUGUUGAAGCCUUUCGACUGGAGGACAACAAGAUGAUUCAGAAACUCAUUAAGAAGAAACCAAGCUACAUUCAUUACCAGCUCGGACAAGUACAAGAAUUGUAG